UUUAGAUUUACCAGCCAUGCCAAGAAUAUCAGGAAAAGAGAAACAACAAGCUAUCAGAAGACUGCAAGCAGGACAAAGUUCACAGGUCGUUGCAAAUACAUUCAAUGUCAGAACGAUAUAUUGUUUGCAACAUUACCAACGACCGCACGCGUAGUGUUCGUCCAAGAGUUACCACACACAGACAAGAUCGGUAGAUGAUACGGCAACAUCUGCAAAACCGAUUCCGAAUGGCCACUGAAACUGAAACAUUGGAAACCACCAACGUGCCAUCAGUCAUCUGACGUCGUCUCACUGCUGACAAACUAUCCUGCCACCGUCCGGCUCGUGGAUCCAUCCUGAGAGAUCAUCACCGACAGGCCCGAUUGCAAUGGGCUAGACGGCAUCAGAAUAGGCGUCAACAGGAAUGGAGAAGAAUCAUCUUCACCGAUAAAGUCGUUACUGUGUUUCCACAGUGGUGGCAGAGUCGGGGUCUGGCGGAGGAAGGGCGAACAUUAUACUGAUAUACUGACUGUGUCAUAGAACGGGACUCGUGGGGUGGUCCAAGAAUCAUGGUUUGGGGUGGAAUUGGACUGAACCAGUGGGGCCUGUGGUGUUUCAGAAUAUUGGUCCAGGCAGGGGUACUGGAAUCACAGCUCUCCGCUACAUUGACUAAGUCCUCUGACCCCACAUCUUGGUAUUUUUUUGCCCGUCACCGACACCACGCCUUACUGCAGAACGACGCCCGACCCCACACUGCCAGAGUCAUCAGAGACUUCCUCCAGCAGCACAACAUUCAAUUCAUGCCUUAGCCUGCUCUCAGUCCGGCUUUGAAUCCAAUUGAACACUCGUGGAAUGAGAUCCAACGCCUUCUCAAUUAAGUGCGCCCAAUGCCGACAACUGCAGAAGAACUGCGUGUAACGUUCCUGAGGAUAUGGGCCUAGAUACCAAUGGCUUCCAUCAAUCGGCUAGCCCACUCCAUUAUACUGAAAGAUUAUGCUGUAGUCGCCGCCCAUGGCGGUCACACCAGGUAUUGAUUUUGGACGCCCAGCUGUGAUGUCUUCUGGUGCCUCUCAAAGCUCACAAUUUUCAAAAACAUUGUUUCUACUGUGAAUUUUGAUGAAUGUCAAACACCGACUUUCUUCAAUGCCUUUUUGCAUAUAUAAGCAUUCGAAAAUAAAGAAAUAUAUUAAACAUC